CAAUUACUCUCAGACCGCCGUGUCACCUGUUUCUCUGCACAGACUUUAGAAACUGCAUGCAAGGGGAAGCAGCUGGAAUUAAAUCAGAGACAAAAUCAGGAUGCAGGAGUAUGAUGUGAUAGUGCUUGGAACUGGAAUUAAGGAAUGUGUCCUAUCUGGCCUAAUGUCUCUGAGUGGGAAAAAGGUCCUUCACAUUGACAAGAACUCUUACCAUGGAGGAGAAAGUGCUUCCAUUUCUCCCCUCGAGGAGCUGUACAGGCGGUUUAAGGUUCCAGGCCCUCCUAAAUCGAUCCGACGAGGGAAAGAGUGGAACGUGGAUCUCGUUCCCAAGUUUUUUCUUGCCACUGGCCAGCUGGUAAAGAUAUUGGUACACACUGAGGUGACUCGUUAUCUGGACUUCAAAGUUGUUGAAGGGAGUUAUGUGUUCAAAGCAGGCAAAGUGCACAAAGUCCCUGCCACAGAGGAGGAUGCACAGUGCUCAGAUCUGAUGGGCAUGUUUGACAAGAGGAGGUUCAAGAAGAUGCUGCACUUUGUCCUGAACUUUGACACGAGAAACCCUCGCACUCACCAGGACGUGGAUCCUGAGAAAACGACCACGCGAGAGCUGUUCAGCCGCUUUGACCUGGGACAGGACGUCAUAGAGGUCACAGGUCACGCCAUAGCCUUACACUCCAGCGAGAGGUCAGUCAAGAUGCGAGCUAGUGAUCCCAGAUGUUUCAGAUGUCCUGGUCAGAUGCCUCCAUGUGGUUUCCUGCUCUGCAGCUACCUGGAUCAGCCCUGUUUGGAAACCAUCAACCGGAUCAGGCGGUACUGCGAGUCUUUGUCCCGCCACAACAGCAGUCCGUACCUGUACCCGCUGUACGGCCUCGGCGAGCUACCGCAGGGUUUCGCCCGACUGAGUGCAGAGUACGGAGGAACCUUCCUGCUGAACAAACCAGUGGAUGAAAUUGUCAUGGACAACGGCAAAGUGAAAGCUGUCAAAUCGGAUGGGAAGGUUUUCCACUGUAAGCAGUUAAUCUGUGAUCCCAGCUACGUUCCUAACCGGGUCAGGAAAAUGGGACGUGUCGUAAGGGUUAUCUGCUUAUUAAAUCAUCCGGUUAAAAACACCCAUGAGGCCAGCUCCUGUCAGAUCAUCAUCCCUCAGGCAGAGCUCAACAGAAAGUCAGACGUUUACAUAUGUGUAGUGUCCUACAGUCACAGUUUGGCCUCGGACGGGAUGUACAUCGCCACGGUGAGCACGACUGUAGAGACCAACAAUCCAGAGAAAGAAGUGGAGCCGGCCCUGGAGCUCCUGGAACCCAUCAUGCAGAAGUUUGUCUCCGUCACCAACGUGCUGGUUCCAAAUGAGGACGGACGAAAGAGUCAGAUAUUUGUGUCCCGGUCUUAUGAUGCAACAAACCACUUUGACUCAGAGUGUGAGGACAUCAAGGACAUGUACCGGCGGAUCACCGGAGCAGAGCUCUGCUUCGGAAAACCUCGCAAUCUGUCCCACAACGCCGACGACGACUGAGAGAGCCAUCUCCACCUGGAACGCUUGAACAGACAAGAUGGCUUCCACACACAGCCGUGAAGCAGCUCUGUAGUUAUAUAGUGAACUGUGACUGAUAUGUAAAUGUUGGAAAUCCCCUUUUCUCCUUUUGAUUGUUAUAAUUGGUUCUGAUUGAGAAAGCUUGCAUGAAACAGUGUAAUUUUUGAGCCCUCUA